AUCCCGGACCAGAAGCUCCUUUUGUCGGAUCCGUUUCGACCUGAGUCCCCGGGGUUUCACGCUGAAAAACACACACUGUGAAAGUCCUGCACCCCCCUGCCGAGCCCCGGGGUGUGCCGCGGGACGCCGGGCUCGGGUCCGAGCCGGAAGGGGGAGGAGCCUGCUGCGUGAUGAACGGCAGCAGCAGCAGCGUGUCUGCGUCUCAGAGCUCCAGGGUCAAGAGUGGACCAGAUGACUGGAGUAAGGAGGACUGUCUCACUCUGCUGGACAGGAUCCGCAGUCUGCUGCCGGACGUCGACUCCAUGAAGUAUAAAACCACCGAGUCGCACUUCGACUGGGAGAAAGUUUGUUUCGGCAGCUUCACCGGAGACAUGUGUCGCCAGAAGUGGCAGAAAGUGUCGACUGAGGUUCGUAAGUACAGGACGAUGACGGAGCUCAUCGUGGACGCCAUCGAGUUUGUGAAGAAUCCGUACAAAGGAAAGAAACUGAAGACUCACCCAGAUUUCCCUAAGAAGCCUCUGACCCCCUACUUUCGCUUCUUCAUGGAGAAACGGGCAAAAUACGCAAAAAUCCAUCCGGAGAUGAGCAACUUGGAUCUCACCAAGAUUCUCUCCAAGAAAUACAAAGAGCUGCCCGAGAAGAAGAAGCAAAAAUACAUCACAGAGUUUCAACGAGAGAAAGAAGAGUUUGAGAAGAACAUGGCUCGAUUCAAGGAGGAGCAUCCGGAGCUGAUGGAGGAGAGGAAGAAGUCCGAUCUGCCGGAGAAACCGAAAACUCCACAACAGCUGUGGUACAACCACGAGAAGAAGACCUACAUGAAGCUGCAUCCAGAGGUCAGUCCCAAGGAGCUGAAGGAGGCUCUGAGGAGACAGUGGUCUCAGCUCUCCGACAAGAGACGCCUGAAGUGGAUCAGCAAGGCCCUGGAGCUGCAGAAGGACUACGAGGACAGUAUGAGAGUGUAUCAUGAAGCUCAUCCAGAUGUGAACUCAGAUGAUCACGUUCGUUCCGUCCUCACCAAAGCAGAGCGACAACUGAAGGACAAGUUCGAUGGAAGACCGACAAAACCACCACCUAAUGGCUACUCUCUGUACUGUGCGGAGCUGAUGGUGAACAUGAAGGACGUCCCCAGCACCGAGCGCAUGGUGCUCUGCAGUAAACAGUGGAAAAUCAUGACGCAAAAAGAGAAAGAUAUGUUCCAGAAACGCUGCGAGCAGAAAAAGAAGCAGUACGACGUGGACCUGAAGCGGUUCCUGGAGAGUCUGCCAGAAGAGGAGCGAGACCGGGUCCUAACGGAGGAGAAACCGGGCGGCGGCAGAUCGAGUGUGGGUGUGGCUUCCAGCCCUCGCCGAGCCAAGUCUCCGUCUCUCAAGGGUCGGUGUCGGGAGGCGGAGCCAGAAUCAUGGGUAGCUGCCGGAACGCCAAAAGAAAGACGGGACGGGAAGAAGACGGCGAAGCUUCCAGAGACACCAAAAACAGCGGAAGAGAUGUGGCAGCACAGCGUGAUCGGAGAUUAUUUAGCAAAAUACAGAAGCGACCGCAGGAAGGCGCAGGCGGCGAUGGAGGCAACUUGGAAGUCGAUGGAGAAGAAGGAGAAGAUCCCGUGGAUCAAGAGGGCGGCGGAGGACCAGAAGCGUUAUGAGGUUCAGUACCAGCAUGUGAGGGAGCUGUUGGAGAUGAGGGCUCCGGCCGCGGGUCCGACUCAGAGGAAACCCAAGUUUGACGGAGAACCAAAGAAACCUCCAGUGAGCGGGUAUCAGAUGUUCUCCCAGGAGCUGCUGACCAAUGGCGAGCUGAACCACUUCAGUCUGAAGGAGCGGAUGGUGGAGAUCGGGAAGCGAUGGCACAAACUGAGUCAGAGUCAGAAAGACAAGUACAAGAAGCAGGUGGAGGAGCAGCAGGGGGAGUACAAGGCCGAGCUGGAGGCCUGGGUCAAGUCUCUCUCUCCUCAGGUUCGAGCCGUCUACCAGGAGUUCUCUUCCUCGAAACGUCGCAGCAGCACUAAAGCUCGCGGCAGCCCCGGAGCCAAAGUCCACGUGACGGCCAAAGGGAAAGCGGUCGGUUCCAGAGCCGCGGCACCGGGGGUCAGCGUGGGCAAGAGGGCCAUGGCCUACCGAGCUACGCAGGACAUGUCCGACACCGACGAGGACGAGGACAAGAGUUCGUCCGACUCCGAUGAAGACGACGAGACGUCAGGAAGCACGGACAGCGACGAUGAGAAUGACGACGAUGACGAUGAAGAUCAGACGUCCUCGGAGGAAUCCAGUGACUCCGACUCCGACUAGCUCCGCCUCCUCCCCUCAUUGGAGGAUAGGCUGUGCCGUCAUCCCGGCGGACCAAUGAGAAUCCCUGACAGAGCGUUUUGCUCCUUCUGUUUGUUUUUUAUCAAGUGUUUGUUGGUUUUUAACUGAUGGACAGACAGACUGGGGGGGG